CGUAUUUACUUCCGGUUCCGGUUUGUUUCCUUGGCGGUUCCCCUUCUCUUCCGAAUCUCCGGUUCUUUUUCCGCCUCAAAAAAUGAACCGUGGCCCGUUCAGACCUCAGCGGAGUCCAGGAGCUCCGCGGCCGGCUGGAAGGUUCCCCUCCCCCGGCUCCAGCUGGGGUUUCCCCGGAGCUCGCUCCCCGUACGGAGGCUCCGGACAUCGAGGAGCAUCCCCCCGGGGCUGUGGCGCUUACUCCCCGGGUUCCCCGGUAUACUCUCCGGGUUCCGGUCGAGGAUACUGGGACGGUCCUCCCGGGGGGUUCGGCAGCGGAUCCCGGUGCUUCCCAGGACAGAUGCGGAGCAGAGGCGACGGUUUCCGGCGGCCACAGUCCUUCAGUCCCGGUUCAGCUCAGAAGUUCCAGUCUUCAGGUGCGUCGGUGGAAAAAUAUUUCAGUCCAUCGAUGGUUCAAGAUCCAUGGAGACAUCUGCAACCACUGACAACAACAGAUGCAGCACACAACAGACACACAACAUGACACAAUUAACUUGACAACGCACAUAUCAGUCACUACAUGAUGAUGACAACAUACACAACAGGAAGAGGAACAACAGAUGUUCUGACAGGAAAGAAAUAAACAUCAGGUGGUGUUGUUGGUUGUGCAUAUGUGUUAUUUUGUUUUUGUUUUCUCUACUUCAGGAUUGAUUUUAAUUUAGGAUCAUUGCCUUGACUGUUUUCUAAAUGAACACAUUUAACCAAAUGUUUUAAUCAGUUUGUAAAAAGGUUCUAAAAUUAAAAACUUUUAAACUAGA